AUGUCAUUUCUCUUCAAAUAUUCUGCAGUUCUGCAGAUCAUCAAGGCGCGUGAGCACUGUCACAGAUUGAAGAGAGAGAAGAAGAAGAUGUUUAAGUCUCAAAUGCACUUCAUAAUUCAGAACAUUGAGAAGACAGCCCUGCUCUCUGAGUAUGUCAAUCUGCUUACUACUGAGAUGAAACCCGAGACAGCAGACCAGAAAAUGCAGGAUUUUGAGAUACAGGUUGACCUGACUAAGAGAGAGCAGUGA